AUGCAGUCAGGAAUUUCAGUCUCGCAAGAGCUUCACGAUGCCUUCAAAACAUUCGUUUCCGAUACCUCUAUAUUCUGUCUUCCUGUGACGAUCAAGUCGGAAAGCCUGUCCCCUCUUCCCACGGUUCCCUUCGCCUCCCCGAACGCCUUCUACCCCUCCUUGUCCCAACUUUCGUCCGUCCUCGAACCCAAAACCCCCAUCUACCUUUUGCUUCGUCGUCCUGAGGCCGGAUCAUUCUCUCUCGUGGCCUUGACCUAUAUUCCUUCCAAUGCCGGUGUCCGCGCCAAAACUCUUUUCGCCGCAACCCGCGCUACAUUGGCCAGGGAACUCGGCACGGAGAAGUUUGCCUCCACUAUCUUUGCUACGGAUGAAGAUGAGGUCAUUGGGGAGGCUGCAUGGCGUGAACGAGAUGCAGAGAAGAAGGGUACCGCGGGCGGUUUCCGGCGUGAGGAUCUGAUGGGCGAGAAGGAGCGGGAGUUGGACGCUGUGCGCAGAGCCGAAGAGGAGGCUAGGAACGGUACUCCGAGCAGAGAUAUUGGUAUCGGGGGCACAUUCAACAGGGGAAACCCAUUCGGCGGUGCAUCCGUCAAGAUGCAUGCGGCUGAUGAUGUGAAGCAGGCCCUCGAAGGGCUGCAGCAGGGUGGGCUGGUACAACUGGCAAUUGAUGUUCCAACCGAGGCGUUCAAAGUUGCUGUUGUCGAGUCCGGAGUCGAGCCGAACUCGGUUGAGUCCCACAUACCUCCGUCUUCCCCGCGGUACACAUUCUAUCACUACCCCGACUCCGAGGCGGUGAUCUUCAUCUAUACCUGCCCCUCGGGUUCGUCGAUCAGGGAGCGUAUGCUGUACGCCAGUUCCCGGAUGCAUGCACUCACUAUGGCUGGCGAGCAAGGCCUGAAGAUUUCUAAGAAGAUCGAGGCAUCCUCGCCCGACGAGAUCACGGGCGAAAGGUUGCAUGAAGAAGUCCACCCACCACAGGACAACGGACCGAGCCGGGGAUUCGCAAGACCGAGACGGCCGGGACGGUGAAUCUUGGGGGACGACUCGUAACCUCUGUAUAUCUCGCUCUAUGACAUCGACAGUAUAUAGCCCUGGGCACCUAUGGCCGAACUCCGCUGGUACCAUUCUUUUUCUUGUAGCUGCAACAUCCGUUCAUAUUCGCCCGCCCCACCCCGUAACUCGUAGGGCUCUCUUUAGAGCCAGUACCGUAAGAUGCAGGGUAGUUGUUCUCGCCAUGAGCCCGAGCGCACAGAGCCAACGCGUGGCGAACAAAGUACACGACGGUGUCAAUGAUUUCGAAAACUUUUCUUUUGGUAGAAUAAAUCGGUCCUCGAACUUCCCAAGUUUAUAAUCUUCGGACACCCAUCCCGAUCCUUCUCUAGACGCGUACACUCGAAGCAAUAAAAGGCGUCACUGAUCCCCUCCCCACCACACACAAUGCACUUAUUCUGGUAGUUUCCGAAGGAGCACUCGUCGCAAAUCCGAACCAAGGUCGUAGGACGCACGUAGGAAUCGCACACGG